CACAGCAGCGAGCAGCAAUCGUCAAUAACGGCAACAAUAAUAAAAAGAGCAACAACAAUAGGCAGAGCUUAUCAGGUGCCAAAGAGUAAUUUGUGAUACCUGUGUUACUUGUCCGCAGUGUAUUGGCGCAACGAGCUUAAGUGGUGUUAAUUUUUAUUAAUUAUUAUCGUAUUUAUUGCCGAACGAAAGUGAAGUACGAAUUACUUCAAGUGCCUUGCCAUUAACAACGUUAACAAUAAUAAAUUACAACAAUAGCAAUCAUAAAAAAAGAAUUGCAAUGCAGUCCAGUUUGCAAUACUUGCAGCUUAUUGAUAAUAAUUUUUAAGUUUCUACAUUCGUGUGUGUGUGUGUGUAUUUGUGUGUGUAGCGAUAGAGCAAUUGCGUGAUUUACAAACCAUUAACGCUAUCAACAACACAUUAGACAAAUUGCUAAAUUAACUGCUCAGCUAGAAGGAAAGCGGCGAGCACGAAACUUUUAGGAAAUACUCAUAUAUUAUCCAAAAAGAACACUUACGAGCAUAUAUCAAACUAAACGGCACACUCGCCACGCUCAAUCCGCUCGCUGGCUGCUGAUAAGCUACACAUGGAAUAGACUUGACUCAAUCGUUGUGUGUUUAUGGCAACCUUUGUGUUCAAGUGCUUGGAUCUGAUUAAAAUACCACAUGCAUUAUCCAAAUCAAACAUGUUAAGGCUUUAAAUGCACUUACCGCUGACCAGACCCAGACAAUAUGAAUUCGUAUUUCGAUUCCGGCAUUGAAUAUAAUGGUUCGCAACCCUUUCGCAACAAUUUCGAGCAAUUUCGCCCACAGCACAAUGAAAAGAGCUGGGAAUGGAGUUAUCUAGUGCUCAAGUGCCGCAAUCUGGAGCUGGAGGAGUCCUAUGAUCUGUAUAUGCGUCGUCUGCGCGUUGGCUAUCUGUCCAUAUUUGUAUUCAUUGAGCUGCUGGUAACCAUCACUCAUGCCUUGCUGCUGCUCACCAGCUCAGAUCUGACCUUUGUCUACAUAGAUAUGUGCGCCUAUGUGGGCUCUGGUCUGCUCAUUUGGCUGAUACUCUCCAUCAAUUUUCACAGCGAUCUUAUAAGCAAACACAUUUGGAUAGUUUAUGCAUCCACCUGGCUGGCCGUGUCCGUUAUGGUGCUAAUGGACAUUGGCUUAAAUAUCUACCAUGCCACCAGCAAUAAUGAUAUUCUGAAUCCCAUCUACGAUGCUUAUAUAUUGUAUGCCAUAUAUAUGUUUAUGCCCAUACCUUAUAUACUGCAGCCGUUUAUCCUGGGCAGCGCUGUCACUAUUUGCUAUAUCAUUAACUAUAGCUUGGUCAUUACGUAUAAGGAAACGAACCAGAAUCAAAAUCAAAUGCACAGCAUUUUCAUUGAAGCCAUCUACCUGAGCUGCGUCAACUGUCUGGGCAUAUUCUUUCGUCUAAUGCGGGAUAUAGCGCUGCGCACUACUUUCUUGGAUCGCCGGCAGUAUGUGGAGGAGAAUCUUUUGCUGCGCUAUGCCAGAGAUCAGGAGCGCAGUUUACUGCUAAGCAUUUUGCCCGCACAGAUUGCAGAUCGCUUGCAGGAGGAUGUUAGGAAUCGCAUCGAGCGCUCCAAGCAGCAACAGCAGCAGCAGCAACAGCGCAGAAGUAUGCACAGACGCGUGUCCAACAAUAGUCAGGCCCUAAAGCGUUGGCGUCAACCGGAUCAUGGCACGCUCUUCAUUGAACCACACAAGGAUGUCACAGUGCUCUAUGCGGAUGUGGUCAACUAUACGUAUCUAACCACCACGCUGGAUGUCAAGAAGCUUGUGGAGGCCUUGCAUGAUCUCUUUGUGCGCUUCGACAUUGCCAGCGAGGAGUAUAAUGUGAUGAGAAUCAAGUUCUUGGGCGAUUGCUACUACUGCGUUGCGGGCUUGGCUAGUCCUAAUGAGGAUCAUGCCAAGUGCUGCGUGGACUUGGGACUGCGCAUGAUCAAGGAUAUACGUGAUGUGAGAGAGAAGCGUCAUUUGAACAUUGACAUGCGCAUAGGUGUUCACUCCGGAGAUGUGUUGUCCGGCGUUAUAGGCGCAGCCAAGUGGCAAUUUGAUAUUUGGUCUAAGGAUGUGGAUAUAGCGAAUCGUUUGGAGGCCACUGGCGCCACUGGACGCGUGCAUGUGAGUCAGCAAACGUUGCGACUGCUCGAUGGUGAAUACUUCUUUGAGGAUGGCACGGAGAAGGCGCGUGAGGAUCCUGUGCUGCAGAAACAUGAGAUACGCACGUUUCUAAUCAAAUCGCUGCGCGCUCCUAUGCAUGAUCCGAGACGCGUGCAGCGCGAAAGGCAGGCCAAGAAGCUAAGCGAGGCAAGCAAGGCCAUGUUCAUGCACAACUCAACGUUGCAGCAAUACAAUCAGGUGCGCAAUCAGGCCAAGCUGGAAAUGUGCCGCGAGCUGGACAAGAUGCCCAUAGGACGCAUACAAAUAACAAAAGUCUGUCGGCGUUCCACGAAUCCAACGCAAGAUGAGAUUGAAGAGGAAACCUUUAGACGCAACAUAAGCUCCUUCUGUUUGCUCUUUCGCGUACGCAAUUGGGAACUGCAAUAUAUACGCGAGCCCGAUGUUAUGUUCAAGUAUAGCAUAGCGCUGACCUGGUUUAUCUACUGCUGUUUACUCAGCAUACAAUUGCUAAGCAAGGACGCCGAAUACCAUUACUGGGUUAUAGAUGCGGUUACCAUAGCGCUAUUCACCAGCUUGUUGAUCGUUAGUUGGUUCAAAAAACUUUGGAUAAUGUAUGUCUCGGAUACGGAAACAUCGCAGCCGCAGUGGAAAAUUAGCAUACUGCUCUAUAGACUUUCUGACCAUAUGCAAAGGAGCAUUGUACUACGAUUUGUCAUCUAUUUACUGGUUAUAGCUUCUUAUUGUGUGGUUGCUACUAUGCAAGUGGCGGAUUGUGGAGACGUUGACGAUAUUGAGCUGCAACCCGUGCAGAGCAUAGAGAAGCGCAUGCAGUGCUUUCAUCCUUGGAUUCUCACCAACUGCAUGACCUUGGUCAUAGGCACUUCCUUUCUUUUCACACGCAUUCCCUUUAUUGUCAAAACCACUGUCGCCGCCUUAAUAUCCUUAACCUAUGCAGUACUGGUGAUAUUUGAAUUCAACUAUAUAUUCGCCAACAGUCCCUCAACUAAUGUCAAUCUGAAUGCUGAAUAUUCGCAUAUACUGCUUAUCUUCACCACGCUGGGCAUAUUCCAUUUAAUGGAACGACAAACAGAGUUUAUAGCCAAAGUGGAUUACAACAUUUUGACAGCUGGAAGCGUCAGCUGCUGCAGAAACAGGAUGAUGCGCUCAUCACGAAUGAUACCAUCAAAGUGCUGCUCACUAACAUAUUGCCAUGCCAUGUGGCGGACUUUUAUUUAUCCAAUCAGAUUGUAAAUGAGCUUUACUACGAGGAGUAUCAUAAUGUGGCAGUUAUGUUUGCCUCCAUAAAGAAUUUCGACACGGACAAAAUAGGACUAAGGGUGCUCAAUGAGA